AGAGCAGUCCCAAUGCAGCCAACAUUCACACGGUGGCCGAUCUGUACGCCGAAGUGAUAGGUGCUCUCGCACAGUCCAGAUUCAUGUCAGUCAGAAAGCGAUUCAUGGCCGAACUGAAGGAGCUAAGGGUCAAGGAAAUGAAUCCGCACACCGUACAGAGCAUCAUUUCUCUGCUCAUGGGAAUGAAAUUCUUCCGAGUAAAGAUGGUACCAAUAGAAGAAUUCGAAGCUUCGUUCCAAUUUAUGCAAGAAUGCGCACAAUACUUUCUAGAAGUCAAGGAUAAAGAUAUUAAACAUGCCUUGGCCGGCUUAUUUGUAGAAAUACUUGUACCUGUAGCUGCGACUGUGAAAAAUGAAGUGAAUGUUCCUUGUUUGAAAAAUUUCGUCGAGUCUCUGUACUCGCAAACGCUUGAUAUGUGCACCAAGUCCAAACACCGGCUGGCGAUAUUCCCCCUAGUCACCUGCCUGCUCUGCGUCUCGCAGAAGACAUUCUUCCUCCAGAACUGGCACUACUUCCUGGCCAUGUGUUUGUCUCAUCUGAAGAACAGGGAUCCCAAGAUGUCCAGAGUGGCUCUGGAGUCGCUUUACCGUCUGUUGUGGGUCUAUAUGAUCAGGAUCAAGUGCGAAAGCAACUCUGCAACCCAGUCACGACUGCACAGCAUUGUCAACUCCCUCUUUCCCAAAGGUUCGAAAGCCGUCGUUCCAAGAGACACUCCGUUGAAUAUAUUUGUGAAAAUUAUUCAGUUUAUCGCACAGGAGCGGCUGGACUUUGCAAUGCGGGAGAUAGUGUUCGACCUGCUGUCAGUGGGCCGAACCAUCAAGAUGAACCUGCAGCCGGAGCGCAUGAGCAUUGGCCUGCGAGCAUUCCUGGUGGUCGCCGACAGUCUGCAGCAGAAGGAGGGUGAGCCUCCCAUGCCGCGCACCUCGGGGGUGCUGCCCUCGGGCAACACGCUGCGCGUCAAGAAGACCUUUCUCAACAAGAUGCUGACGGAAGACACAGCUCGCAGCAUCGGUAUGUCGUCGUACUUUCCGCACGUGCGUCGUGUGUUCGUUGACAUACUGCGAGCGUUGGACGCACAGUACGGCCGACCUCUCAUGAUGACAAGCACGCAAAAUGUCAACAAGGAGCCGGACGAGAUGAUAACGGGCGAGCGGAAGCCGCGGAUCGACCUGUUUCGCACGUGUGUGGCGGCCGUACCGCGGCUGAUCCCGGACGGCAUCACGGGCGGCGAACUGGUCGACCUGUUGGCCAGGCUCACUGUGCACAUGGACGAGGAGUUGAGGGGCCUGGCCUACCAGUCGCUGCAGACCCUUGUCAUCGACUUCCCCGAGUGGAGAUCCGACGUUGUUCUAGGCUUCACCCAAUUCCUAGCGAGGGAUGUCCAGGAUACCUUCCCUCAACUACUGGAUAACGGACUGAGAAUGUUGCUGCAACUUUUGACCAGUUGGCGAAACGCGCUCUCUCCCGGCAUCAUCAACAGACAGCCGCCACAGCAGCAGCAGCAACAACAACAGCAGCAAGUGCCGCAACAAGUUCCACAACAGCAGUCCCUGCAACAUGCUGCCAAAGAUGAGUCGUCAUCUUCGUCAUCACGUACUCCUGUCACUCCUCGUAGACAUGAUCAGCAACCGAGAGUUGAACCCGUGACCAGCGUACUGCAUCAGGCCGAGGGAUUUGCACUGGUGAUGCUGUGUAAUUGCCGCCUCUGUCCCCGGCGACUCGCCGUUCACAUCCUCAGAGAGUUGAAAGUUCUUCUCAAAGCUCUCGGCGCCGCGGAAGACGACCAGCCGGUGGUGGAUGCAAUCGACCGCAGCUGUCCCGAGGUGAUCGAGCGCUGCCUCAGCAUGCUGCCAGCUGCCGAGAAGGCCGCCGCACUCGCUGUCUCCAGCAUCGAUCUGCAGUGGAUUGCCGAUCGCAGCUCUUCCGUCUGGACUGGAGGCAUCCAAGACGACAACAGCACAAAGAGCGGCUCUCAGUUGCACCUGAACGGAGGCACCAACGACCCGUGGGCCACCUGCCUGUUCGCCUUCCUGGAGCGCGAGUGUGUGCUGGCCCAUUGUCCCACGGCUGUCACCCACGCUUGGCCCGUUGUCUACACACGGCUGCACUCGCUAUUCACUGUCAUCGAUCCCACACCGGUGAGUGACAACCGUGCGUCUCUGCUGAGGAGCUCUGCCCCUCCCCGGAAGCCGGUGACGGAGCGUGAUGCGUACAUGGUGGUAUGGCGAAACUACGUCACGUUUGCCAUGCGAGUCGUCCCCCCUGCUCCCAGCCCCAUCAUACGGUGUGCAUCCCCCGAUCUCAGUCUCAGUUCCUCGCCGGACAGCCUGAAUGCGGAGCGCACAGACACGAAGAGCCCAUUGGUGUCUCCAUCUGGCCUCUAUAAGCUGGUUGUCCCCCUGCUGCGGUGCGAGGUGGUUGAUGUCAGGGACGCCGCCGUCCACGCACUCGGCAAGGUCAACGCAGAUGCUCUCAAGGAUCUCAUGGAAGAAUUGGUAGUGUACAUACGAGAGGCCGUCGAUAGAAAGCAAGAGAAUAUGAGGAGACGAAGGAGAAGGGAUGCACUCAGACUGCAGCUUGUCAAAAUGUUUGAACUGAUUGCUGGCUAUGGCACGUUUGGAGUAAGUCCGUGCGUACUAGACAGAGAUUCACAAUCACUGCAUGCGACAAUCGUUGAGUAUGUGGAUGGCGCGAGGCUGUGUCUGGAGUCGGAGGCUGAGAAAGAAGGCCUCAGAGAUGUCAAACUGCACUUCUGCAACUUCAUUCGCAAAAUGAUCAAAAGUUUCCCAUUGGAAACGUACCCGACUUUACUGAAACGCGACCUGCGCCGCAACCUGUUCACCCUGUUCGCCGGGUGGAGCGCUGGGCCGCUAGGCAGUGCCUUGGGCGCCUCCGCCUCUGCCGCCACCCUGGUGCCUUGGGCGGCCACCGGCGAGCAGCCGCCCGCCUCGGCUGACGAGCUGCAGCUGCAGCUGUGUGCGCUGCAGGCGGCUAGCGCUGUGCUCUGCUGUGGCCCGUGCUUCGACCCGCAGUGUCUGGCCGAGGAUGGCUAUCUCUAUCCCUGGCUGGAUCUGCUCAUGGCAUCCAACCAACCCAAGAUCUACCAGCUAGCUUGCGAGACAGUGAUCUUGCUUCUGGAGUGCAACCCUGACAUGGGUGCCCUGUUAGACUGGGUGGUUGAUAGGUGCUACACGGCUGAGCCUGCUGUGGCCGAUGGCUGUUUCCUGGCACUUGCUACUAUAUUCAGUGCGAGAGAAUACCCGUGCGACCAUUACACGGCGAUCAUAAACGUGACGCUGAUGAACACAGGGUGCCCUCGGACGCAGGUGCACGAGACAGCGCUGCAGCUGUUGCAGGUGUUGGACAAGCGCUUCUUCGGCUCAGUGGGGCCGCUGCCAGCUGAGGGUGACAUAGCCGCCGCUACUGCUGCCGGAAGCGAGAGAGAACGAGGAGGCACCCUGGAUCUACUCCUUUCAACUACUUACUGUCGUUCCCAAAUGCAUCUCUCCAGGCAAUUGUCUCAGCUGCACCCCGAACUUACAAUGCCAAUGUUUUCAGAGAUAACGCACAGAUUUCAAACGGCCAGACCGGAAGUUCGUCAACUUCUGCUGCAAUAUUUGCUGCCUUGGCUGCACAAUAUGGAACUGGUUGACCCCAAUGUUCCACCUGGGAAUCCACUAUCUUAUUUUCAGUAUUAUUCGAACGACCCUCGAGAGGGCAGGAGACGCGAAGGAUGGGGCUCGGUGGAGGCGACAGAGAUGGUGCUCAACAAUUUGUUCUACAUCACUGCCAAGUUCGCCGACGAACACCCCAAGGAGACCGAGGAGGUGUGGUCCACCCUCUGCUCGUGCUGGCCCAACAACCUCAAGGUCAUCAUCCGUUAUCUGCUCAUCAUCUCAGGGAUGGCUCCCACAGAGCUGUUGCCCUAUGCAAAACGCGUAGUGCUGUACCUGGCGAGAGCACGGCCUGACCGGCUGCUGGACGAAAUGAUGGGUGAACUGCAGACGGUUGAGACGCUCAACUGCCUGAUAGAGCGCACUGAGACUCCACCCUUCUACCGGCUGACGAGCAUGCGCAAGGCCAGCAGUCACUCGGACCCGGGACCCGGUCUGCAGGACCCGGGUGGCUCCGGUCGCAACGACCUUGCUGUCGAGAAGGGCACCAUCCACACCAAGCGUCACAGCGGCGAGGAUCCCGGCAAAACUGGGACGUCGAAAUCGGAUUCCGCGCUGAGAGCAAUGGCGGCUGUUGGGUUUGUGCCUCCGAGGGGAGCCGACAAGAUUCGCACAGCCAGCGGACCAGCCAUGCUGUCCGACGAGAACUCCACUCCCACCACUGAGACUGAGAUGGUAGAGGAAGGCUACAGAGGACCUCCCGGUCCUGUUGGCAAGUUUGAUAUUCCUCAGCCUCAUCCUUUGCCAAUGCCCGAGUAUGGAGGAUAUUUUGCUCCAUUGAAGGAGUAUCUACCAGAUAGCACACAACCAAGUAGCGGCUUCCAUAGGUGUAACGUAGCAGUGAUGCUUCUGACGGACGUGGUAGUGGACGUGGUUGACCUUGACUGGCCAAUCCACGUUCCGCUGAUGUUGCACAUUCUAUUCCUGGGCUUGGACCACUCGCGCGUGCUCGUGCAUGAGCAUUGCAAGCAGCUGCUGCUCAACUUGCUGCUCGUGUUGGCUGAUCACAACGAUCACCUGUCCGUCGCUCAGAUUCUCCUCAAUCGCAAGACUGCCCAGCUCGGUUUGGGGUUGCCCACGCCUCCUUUACCUGUCCUUGUUCACGUGUUUACUGAGCCCGAUCCCGAAUUUGAUAGUUACUUGCGAGUUCCCCCAAAAUAUGAUACCACGUCAGUUCAAAUGAAUUCCGGAAUUGUUGUAUCGGUGACAACUCGGCCUCACAGUGCUAGUGCAGCCAAACGGCUUCUCCAGCAAAUCAGCAUGGAUAACCUCGAUCACCCACCAUACAAACCUGACUUGGCCACUACUAACUUAUACCUUAUCCCCAAACCAAGACAUGACUUAGAGGGUAGAGCUUCCAAACUAACAGGAGAACCAAAACAGUGUCAUACCCCACUUGAAUUCAUUCGGUGUAACGUAGCAGUGAUGCUUCUGACGGACGUGGUAGUGGACGUGGUUGACCUUGACUGGCCAAUCCACGUUCCGCUGAUGUUGCACAUUCUAUUCCUGGGCUUGGACCACUCGCGCGUGCUCGUGCAUGAGCAUUGCAAGCAGCUGCUGCUCAACUUGCUGCUCGUGUUGGCUGAUCACAACGAUCACCUGUCCGUCGCUCAGAUUCUCCUCAAUCGCAAGACUGCCCAGCUCGGUUUGGGGUUGCCCACGCCUCCUUUACCUGUCCUUGUUCACGUGUUUACUGUGUGCAAACGGCAGUUGGACUGUUUUCUGCAACAUGUGUUGAGGAUUUUUAGAGACUCGUUACCGUUGGCGUUGAUUUCGGAGCGAUGGGCACAGAUAGCGUUACAGUUGGGGCUGUCGUGUUCGUCGAGGCAUUAUGCUGGCAGAUCUCUGCAGCUGUUCAGGGCACUCAGAGUCCCGAUCACAUCUAGGAUGUUAUCAGAUGUGUUGUCUAGGCUGGUAGAGACUGUAGCAGAGCAAGGAGAGGACAUGCAAGGGUAUGUGACAGAGUUGUUGCUUACUUUGGAGGCUGCAGUUGACUCACUAGAGUCUGAUUUUCGACCGCUGGAUUUCAUGAAGGAGAUCUUCAAAUCCACCCCGAACUUAAACAACAAGGAAGGUGGACCGAUCGUCGGGGGUGGUUCCGGGGGCGGGAAACGGUCCCCCGGGGGUGGAGCCCCCGUUGUAGGGAUGAUAUGUCCCGUGGGGCAGCACCACCAAACUAAUCACGCAAGGAGCACCAGUUACUCGGUGUCGUACGGCAUGCGGAAAGCGACCGGCUCUCCCGCCAGCCAGCGAAUCACGGACGAUGUCAAGGAAUCACGGGGACGAGUGCUGUGUGAGUUGGAGUCGCGACAGGUUUGCAACCUUAACAAAUAUUCAACAAAUCUAUGUAGAUCGAGAUCCGCGCAGUCGCUGAAACUGCUGGGAGACACGGCGACUGCUGAUGACAAGAUGACCAUCCUCGCCCAGCUGUUCUGGCUGUCUGUGUCUCUACUGGAGUCCGACUAUGAGCAUGAGUUCCUGUUGGCCCUUCGCCUGCUCGGCAGGGUGCUGCAUAGGCUACCUCUGGACAGGCCGGAUGCUAGAGACAAGGUGGACAAACUGCAAUCACAGCUGCGUUGGACCAACUUUCCAGGUGUCCACGCUCUCCUCCUAAAAGGUUGCACCAGUCCCAACACUUACGAGCCAGUCAUGACCCUCCUCUCUCAGUUCACACCUCUGCUCGAUCUGUCAGUCGUCGACCCCACACAGAGUGUCGCCUUCCCCAUGAACGUGAUCGCACUGCUUCCCUACAUGUUGCUGCACUACGAGGACGCUAACCCGUUAUGUAUCAUCAGUGCUGAGAGUAUCGCGCAGGUGGGCGCUGAGAAGAGCAAGAAACUGGAGAAUUUGGGGACUGUGAUGACGUUGUAUAGCAGACACACUUUUAGUAAGGAGAGUUUCCAGUGGACGAAAUGUGUGGUGAAGUACCUCUAUGACGCUUACGCUCAUCUAAGUCUCAACAUGCUAGCGUUCCUGAUAGAGGUUCUUGAAAAAGGGCCAUCCAACAUACAGCUUCCAGUACUGAGCAUAAUCCACUGCAUGCUGCACUACGUUGACUUAUCAUCUGCUAGCGCCGCGGCUCAACCAGUCUACUCGGAUCUACUGCGUGUGAUAGCCAAGUAUAUAGAGGGUGUGCACUGGAAAGAGGCGCUCAAAGUGCUCAAGUUGGUUGUGACGAGGUCGUCGAGCCUGGUUGCGCCUCCUAUGCCCGCUCACACGCACACUCACGGCUGGGAGCCCAAUCCCGAUUUCAUCGAUGUGGAGAUCUCGACGAAGAAAGAGCUGCCAGGUCGCACAAUGGACUUCACAUUCGACCUGUCGCAGACGCCGCUGAUUGGCCGCCGAUUCGUGCCAAAGGCAGGGGUAGGGGGCAGUCCUGCGCAUGCGCACUCAGCGUCGACCUCCAGUACUGCAACCACAGUCAUGUCGUCUUCGUCUGGCCUGGGUCUGAGCAGUGUCGGUCAGGCGUCGGGCCUGGGUCUGAGCAGUGUCGGUGUCGGACAGGCGUCAUCGUCGUCGCCGCGUCGCUCCGUGUCGCUGUCACCCGCCGACAGUGCCUCUGUCGCCGGCUGGAAGCGGCCUUGGAUGUCGCAGGGAAGAGUUCGAGAAUGUCUAGUCAAUCUUCUGACGGCUUGUGGUCAGCGAGUCGGUUUACCAAAGAGUCCUUCGGUGAUCUUCAGCCAGAGCUCGGAUCUGCUGGAGCGGCAGUCAAGCGUCGCGUCGAGCACGGAAGAAGUUUCCGGGCCAGACCUGUCGGCCGGGUCGCAGAACCCUGACCACUUCGGCGUCUUCAAGGACUUCGACUUCCUCGAGUACGAGAGUGAGAGUGUCGAGGGAGAGAGUACGGAUAAUUUCAACUGGGGCGUGAGACGGCGUCCCAUCAGUGAAGGGGAGGGAGAAGCUGAGGGAGACCCUGGCCUCCGCGCCCACGAAGAGAGUCUCAGUGAGAAAACGCCCAUUCUCAGCUCCAGAAAGCGACUUGGCACCGGACCGGAGGAAUCUUCGGACGACGAAGUGGGCUCCGAGUCUCCGCUGGAUGAGAUCACGGCGGCUCCGGAAUUCGGAGGAGGCUCCAACAACGGCAACGGAAACUUUCCUCCCUCAUCCCUCGACCUCCGCGAGAGGAGAGGAUCCACCACACGCAGUGAUACGUCAGGUUCGAGUGCCGGUGAUUUGGGUGAACUGACCCCAUGCAACACGUCACCCAACCUGUCUGGCAUGAUGGCGUUCCACCCGAUCGCACGUGAUGAUGCCGAGGAGGUCUGGAGCUCGCAACUGCUCAACCUCUUCUCACUCGCUCCCUCCUCUUCCCCACUCCACCACUUCCAUCUGCUCAGGAGGGUUAUCAAGGACGUGUUGCGCAAAAGCAUGUGCCUAACCCGAGAGGCAUGCCACUACCUGGCCGAGAGCUGCGAGCAUGCCGCAUGCCUUGUGUCGCAACUGGGUCAGCUGACUGACACGCUCGCUUCGCACGGCGAGCCGCCGCUAGUCUGGUUCUCGGCCGACAGGGUCGCCGCCUCCCGCCUCGUCGACGCCGUUCGCUUCGGCAUGCUCGAACUCAAAGAGCACCUCGACACGUUUCUAGACAAGAAGGAGCUCACUGCUGAGUGCAUGGACACAGUGAAGGUGUGUUUGAAGCGAGAAGUGAGAGAGCAAGAUAGAGAGGAAAGCACAAGCAGCAGUAGGCCGACCCUGGAGGAUGCCGCUCUGGACCUGGGCAGAGCCUGCUACAAGCUGCAUUUUCAACUUCUACUGCUUCUAGAAUCUGCUAACAAAAUGUUCACCGUACUCAGCACAACUGCACAAGAAAACGAGCUUCAAGAUGUGUCGCUGGAAAUAGUUCGCAUAAAGACGGCGCUAUGUAAGGCGCAGGACGAGAGUGUGGAGUCGAGCGACCAGGGCACCCCCACUCCAACACCCACCCCCACCCCUUCACCCUCCCCGCUCACCCUGCCCGAUCUCUGCGAGAAUGCGCUUGUCGAACUACUGCAAGACGGCCAAUGGGUGUCAGCGCUCAACUUUGUCAGGCGUAAUAGGAGGUCUUGGCCAAGUGAUGUGAUUUUGACUGGCGCAGAAGAGGAUGACAUCACAGGAAUACUUAGUGUCUACUGCUCUCACUUGAUCAAAGAAAAGCAAGAUGUGUAUGUGGUGACAGAACAGGACCUGGGACUUCUGCUGUCCAGUUUGAUGAAGGGACUCUUCCAAGUAAUGGGCGCUGUUAAGACGUUCGAGAGUCGCUUGCAUCCCGGCGAAAACCAGCCCAGUACUCCACAAUAGAAGCACUAUCUCGCCUUUAUUUUAUUACCAUUUCAUCACUUACGUUGCAACGUACAAAAUUCAUAUCCAUUUUGUCAUAUUGUUUGAUAUUAAUUUUAAUUAUUACUUAUUUUGAAUAAAUUAUCUGAAUGUGAGAA